GAACUCCUGAGUGACAAACUCUGCUGGAUCAUCUACGAUGGCUUCAGCUGGAACCCUCCCACCGCUGCUGCUGCUGCUGCUGCUGCCAUUCUCCAGCCCCAGCCCCGCUGCAGCAGCUCGAAUCCCCACCCUAUCAGCUUGUGCCCAAGAUCUCGAGCUCCAGUGUCAGGACAUUGAGACGGCUAUUCUCUGUGGAUCCCUCGGUCGGUGCUUCCAGAAGGUCUGGGGACAUGCUAAUGAAGAUGACCUUUGCCAGGAAUGUCAGGACAUCGUGACCAUUCUCACCAAGAUGGCUAAAGAGACUAUUUUCAAGAAAACCAUUAAGAACUUCCUAGAGGAAGAAUGUUCCAAAUUACCAAUGAAGCUCAUGGUCCCAAGUUGCCAGCACAUGGUGGAUGAGUACUUGUCUCUCCUCAUCACACACUUCCAGGGACAGAUUCCAAAGCGGAUAUGUGGGAGUCUUGGCCUGUGUGAAGACAAGACCCCCCUCUCAUUAUGGGAGCCAGAGUCUCAGGCUCUCUCAGAGAAUCUGGUUCCAGCAUUUCUGGAGGAUUUCCCAGGGAGACCUGGAGCUCAUACCCAGGACCUCAUCAAACAGAACUUUCCCAUCCCGCUUCCAUUCUGUUGGCUCUGCCGAACCUUAAUCAAGAAGGUUCAAUCUGUGAUCCCCAAGUCUGUGCUGGCACUGGCUGUUUCCCAAGUGUGUCACAUCGUGCCCCUGGUGGCCGGUGGCAUCUGCCAGUGCCUGGCUGAGCGCUACACCGUCAUCCUGAUAGAUGCAGUCAUGAGCCGCGUCUUACCCCAACUGAUCUGCGGUCUGGUCCUUCGAUGCUCCACCGAACAGACCUAUAACCUAGGACUUCUGCCAAACCAGUGGACACCCUCCGACCCAGACUGCCGCCUCUGUGUCUCGGUGACCAGCUGGGCAUCAUCAGAACUGCGGGGGAACAGCACUGAGAGAGACGUAGAGAAAACACUCCUCAGCAUCUGCAACAACCCCCAGCUGGACUGGCAGGAGUGCCAAGGUUUGGUGGAGCAAUUCUAUCCCUCACUACGGUCCUUACUGCACCAAGGCCAAGACCCCCAUAUCAUCUGCCAGACCAUGGGGAUGUGUGAGACAGAGCUCAGUCAGCCUCGGACUCCGGCCUGUGCCCAGGGCCCGACCUUCUGGUGUUCCAGCAUCCAGGCUGCCAAGGAGUGCCAUGCUUUGCUGUAUUGCAAAAUCCACGGGCAGGAUUGACGUGGCCCCCGAAGGGGCCUGGAGCAGCAGUUCUCAGAAAAGAGCCUCCCUAGAGCCCUACGCUGGGGCUGGCCAGGACUGCCAGAGGCUCGGAGGCACAUCCACCCCCGACGCCCUUUGGACCACAGCCUCAGCCCGAUUCCAUUUGUACUUUGAGGCUGUUUCUCAGAAUCCUGCAGGAUUGCGGGCACUUCUUCCAACAGCCUUUCCAAGUAUCUUUGACCCAGCCGCCGCCUCUGCCACCGUUCUUCGUUGGAGAGAGAGGACCUGCUUCUGACCUGCAUCCUUCAAAUCUUUUCACCCCAAAUAAUGCACUCCGAUGUAAUACCAAGUAAAGUUUUGGAUUUAAAUCCCAA